AUGGCCUGUUCUUCAGACGUAUUGGGGCACGCACGACCAGCUCCGGCGGAUCGUAAAAAGCAUCUCGCUCGAACCUUUUACCUAGCCAUUGGUGGGAAAAGUGGCUUGCUCUGCAUGGCGCGGAUUAAUACGGUGGAACGAGAGGUCGACGAAGAGUUAAGACUUCAUGAUUUAGAAGAUGCUAGAAUAAAUGUGAGGCUGAACUACAAUGAUCCAUGUUGGGUUCGCAUACCACUAUGUGUAUGGUAGCUCUAAUCAAGACUGACAAUGAGGAUACGAGGGAACGAGCAACAAAUGAAGGCGGUGGAAAUUACGACGAUGCAGAUCUUCAGGGAACCGCAGAUUCUGCUAUCGAUGAAGAUUCUGAAGACAACGCGGCAUCUUUAGUGCCCUCUUCUUCGAUAUCAUCCCUCGAAGACGCCAAUGGGUUGCCAGAUGUGGAUGAGGAAGCUGCACUCUCUUCGUGUAAAACAUCUGCUGGAGCAAAAGUGCCAGGAUCAUCAUCAUGUGGAAGGAAGUUAUAUCAGUGGUGGCUAUAAUAGACUCGGACAGAAUUAUCAAAAAAUAGAUUCGAAUUUUCUAGAAGAAGUAGCCGUUGGAGAUUUUUUGAAGUAUUCUUCCAGUGACACCUAUGAUAAUCCAAGUGAUACACACUAGUUUCUUUAAAUGUCAUCCAAAGGCUAAUCGCUUGUGCCUCAUUUUCCUUGCACUUCGCACUCCCAUAACAGUCCUGUGAGUGUUAAAAUUUACCGUGAUUGCUUUAAAGACCAAGGAGACUAGGUUUCGGAGGAGGAAAAAGGUGGUUACGGAGCUCGUCGUUUCGCCAGACAUAGUCCGCUUUCCAGGCCACGAACGUACGAUCACUAAGGUCCAAUUUCUGGAUGGACGUGGGAUGCUGGAUCAAGCAGAUAAAGUUAUGUAGUGAGUCACUAUUCCAGGAAUCGGAUUCCUGCAGGGACUCUAGGUCCAGAUCUCUAGGAUUAAAAGUGUUAUCAAUCUGUACUUAUAGAUUUAUGAAUGUAGUCAACUACAUCUAGUGAGAUGACGAGGACUUCUGAGGCUCUCAGUAGAAGUCGUGAUGACAAUGACAAAAAUCUCUCUAACACGCGUUUUCCGAAACGCGGAGACGCUUUUCCCGAAUUCGAGCAUUUGAGACUGUUGUCCGUCGCUACAGAUAGGCAGAUUUUAAUUUGGGAUUGCGGAAGGGCUGAGUGCCUACUGGCCCAUUGGGAUCCAGCGAUGGUUAUGUUAAGGCUCGACUUUCAAUGGUCAGUCAUAGAGGUUGGAGAGCCCAUUUAGAUUGGGGUCACCAUAUAGAUUGGGGUCACUGAAAUCGAAGAAGAGUGGUCUCCUUGAAAGAACCAACAGGGGAAAAGUGAGGGAAAACAAGCUUAGAAGGGGUUAUGUGGGGUCCCUCGUCCCGUUCAGAGUCGCUGACCAAUGACUGCUGGCCUUUAAUUAUGGGCACGGCGAUUUUGCUCCCAGCAACAGCACACAGCACUUACCUCAUGUAUGCGACGUCGUUGCAGAAAUUGCAGGUUUGAUAUUCCUUUGUUUUGAUGUUGAGUUGUUUUGAUGUUGAGUGUCCUGUGAAAUUCAUUAUGUACAGAACAUUUUGGCUUCUAACGACCUGUGCAGCAAUUUGACUUCUACAGGAGGAUCUUCCCCGAAGUUUGGAGAAGAUAAACGUAAAGGUACUAAACAUACAAGAAGAACUAAGAGUUUGUAUGUGCAAGUUCUUUUCUCAGGUAGUCGACGCAUCUUCCGCUGGUUCGCCUGUAACUGAAAGGGCACCUCCCGGAUCGGAGACGUGUCCAAAGAACGCGCGCUGUUUGCAGGCAGUUGAUGAAAUUGCGACUGAAGAGUAUGAGACUUGGUGUCUUUGCUACGACGGCCGCAAAGCAGUGGUCGCAGGGACCAAAAAUGGAUGUCUCAGAGUGCUAGACAUUGUCGAAGGAGGAGGACGAGGGGAGCGGAAAACGUACUUAUAUGAUAUAUUUUAGUCGUUUGAAACAGCAUAUAGUGCUACGAAAGUGCUAUGUGCUUGAAGAAGUUCUAGCAGAAGUGCAGCCUCUCGGCACGUCCACCGUCACGUAUCCAAAAGUCGCAAAAAUGUGCUCCCAACAUGAGGUGGAGGGUCUGCUCGAUUUUCCAUUUUGGGUAGGUGUGUCACUUCCGAUCACUACCGUGUGAUGUCGCUCUUUAUCAAAAUAGCGACCCCACUGAGGGGAUGGAAGGCUGGCCAAUUUUAAAAAUCGAUGUUGUCUAAUGUUCUUGACCUCCAACGUUUAAUUGAUCAGGAAGUAGAAUUCAGUUCACAACACUUUACGGUGAAAUAGGUUUAAUUGCUCAGGAAGUAGAAUUCAGUUCACAACACUUUAUGUUGAAAUAACUACAUUGGCUAGGUGCGUCAUUUCCGAUCACUACCGUGUGAUGUCGCUCCUUGUCAAAAUAGCGACCCCACUAAGAGGGGGGAAGGCUGGGCAAUUUUGAAAAUCGAUGUUGUCUAAUGUUUUUGACCUCCAACGUUUAAUUGAUCAGGAAGUAGAAUUCAGUUCACAACACUUUACGGUGAAAUAGGUUUAAUUGCUCAGGAAGUAGAAUUCAGUUCACAACACUUUACGUUGAAAUAACUACAUUGGCUAGGUGCGUCAUUUCCGAUCACUAUCGUGUGAUGUCGCUCCUUGUCAAAAUAGCGACCCCACUAAGAGGGGGGAAGGCUGGGCAAUUUUGAAAAUCGAUGUUGUCUAAUCUUUUUGACCUCCAACGUUUAAUUGCUCAGGAAGUAGAAUUCAGUUCACAACAGUUUACGUUAAAAUAGCUACACCCAUCGGACCUCCUCAACACACAAACCAGUUCCUUCGUCAUCCGUAACACGAUGCGUUUACCGAUAGUGGGCAGUGGCCGCGGCGCGCCGGUCACGUGGAUGACACUGGUGCGGAAAGGGAACGGCGCUCUGUUCGUCGUCUCUCUGGCGAAUGGUCACGUAAGCCUAGUCGAUGCUUUGUACGAUGAUUAAGGCUUCCCCUAAUAGUCCAUAUAAUUGUUCAGAGAAGAGAUUGAUUCGCAUUUUAGCGAAUUCGAAAUUUUGAAGAUGGAUCAAACAGUACAUGAAAUGGUCUCCUUAUUCAAGGGAAAAAGGCACCCUCCAGGAUGUACUAUCUCUUCUAGAUGAAAGAUGCAUGGAGGAUAAAACAUCUAAGUCUGAGAUGACAAUAGUACGUUGCAGCGAUUACGUGUGCGGCGGACUGUACAGACUGUUGCGCCUUUGCGACCUGUACCGUUGAAGAACUGUUUUGUGCCGCUGAUAUUAACAGAGGAGGAGGAAGAAGAUGUAGCACCAGAACUCGACUGCACUACUGAGAAGCCAGCAGAUACGUUGAGCUCAGAGGAGCCGCGUCAUUUAACUGAAAAUAGAAGCAAGACACUGGGAAUAGAUCAACAAGAAAAACCAGAGAAGUCUGAAGUAGCGCAACAAGAUCAAACGACUGCAGGGUCGGACACCGAAGAACCAGUACGACUAGAGACUAACACAGCACCGGUAGCAGGAGAUGAAGAGACUCGCAACGAGGUCAAUGCCUUUUUGACGGAUGUUCGCCUAGACCAACUAGAGGACGCACCUGUCAAUAAAUGCAUCCGCAGCGAAGAAGAGGACUCAUCUGUGGCGAAUUUCGCUUAUGAUUAAAGGGCUAUCAAUUACAAUUUGGUGAACAAAAUUUAGAAGUUCUUCGUUUGCGGUAGUAGUUGUAAUUCUUGAAGGGCGAAAGUAAAACGAUGUACUACUUAUUUAUAACUUUGAAGAUUCUUCAUGAGGUAAUAGCGGUUACUAUUUAUUUAACUUUGAAGAUCAUUCUUCAUGAGGUAAUAGCAAUUGAAAUGGACUAGAAGAAGCUGUGGAACACAUUCAUUGUUUGAGUCCGAGACUGUUUAGUUGGUUGAUAGAAGAUUGGCACAAUAGUCGCUAAGCCUUGUCGAACGCGAUAGAAGGUUAUGCAAUCGCAGGGUCAUGCGGGAAGGAUAUCUUUAUCGUGAAGGUUGGCGGGCGCGCAACCGUAGAAGAAUCCACUGAAGAAAUGGAAAGUUAAGACUGCAGAUAUAGUGUCCAUCCUGACUUUGACUACCCGUUCAUUCAACCACGAAGUAGCUAGAAAAGGUUAAGGUGCUGCAGAGAAGAUCAGUAACGACAGCCGGAGAACAUCAUAGUGAUAGUAGAAGAGAAGUCCUAUGGAGAAACCCAAAAGCUUCCUUCUCCUUUUGCUCUAUUCUAACGCGAAACCUCAAAGGCGGAUUUCAAAAUCACUUCGACGUCCCAGCGAACAGUGUCUGUUCUUGUUACGGCUCACACUAUAUUUCGCAUAUUCUCGUCGACUUUGUAAUAUUCUCUCUGGAAGAUGAGUCAGGGUGAUGAUGUUGUAAUUACAGAAUUUUUCGAUCAUAAGUAGACACUAAUAGCUACAGAAGAGGUACCAUGACAUGACAUAGGAUUAGGAUAGAAACCAAGGACGAUCUAAAGAGUCCGAUAGGAGUAGGAAGGAAUUCUUUCAAUUCCAAGGACUGAAAUGAAAAGAGUGCAAGAAUCUAUCAACCUGCUCUAACCUUGCCUCUGGACUCGACGCGUUUUUGGCGAGCGCCGAUUUCGAUGGAAGAGUGGUGUUAUGGAGACGACGGGAGCGAGGAUAAAGAGUGGAGACAACGGCGGGAGCAAUGAUUUCAACCAACGCGCUAUGUUAUAAUACCUUUCAUUCUGUCAUCUGUCUGACUCUGACACUGAUGCUCAGCGUACUUGUGUCCUGUCCUAGUUGAGUUGUGUCAACGUGUAUGCUGUCCUAGUUGUAUCAACGUGUAUAAUGCUGUCCUGGGUGUAUCGACGUGUAAUAUGCUGUUUCUGGCUGUCAGUGACAUCGUGGUCAGCUGUAUCCGCACUGUCACUAAUUACUGGCUAUCUGCACUGUGACUACUAUCUGAUGGCUUCGCUAUGACAAUGCUACGAAACGAUGGGUCCACUAUCACUUCUAUUAGAUGGCUCCACUAUCACUUCUAUUAGAUGAUGGCUCCACUCUCACUUCUAUUAGAUGGCUCCACUCUCACUUCUGUAGUUAUAGAUGGCUUGAGUGCGACGAGCGCUUAUGGACAAUGAAGGGCCGACCAUUGUGUUGACGACACCGUCUUCCUCGCUGUGCA